AUGUCUCCCAUCACAGGCUCGGCCAUUUACAAGAAAAAGGCCGGCAUGAUCACCGUCCUGGAGGAGGAGUCGCCGCCGCGACUGAUCUGGAAGUGCAUUGACGCCGGCGUGGCGCCCCCCGUGGAGAUUCUGCUCGACACCGUCGUUACCCUGCAGGCCUCCAAGAAGACGUCUCCCAAGAUGCUGCUGAAGAUCGGCAUUGGUUCCGGCUCAGAGGUGAAGUCCGAGGUGGUGUUUGCGUUCAACAGCCGCAUCUUCAUGGACAACGUCAAGACUGUGCUGCAGCAGACGAUUGCCCGUCGCAAGUCGGCCGCGGCAGCAGACGCCAGUCUCGCGGCGUCGGCCUCUUCUGGGCGUUCGACGCCGUCGGCGGCCGGGUCGCCGGCUCCCGUGGACGGCAGACAGGACGAGGUGCUUGCGGACAUGCUGGACUCGAAGAAACUGCUGAAAAACCUGACGCUCCAGCAGAAACUGCUCAGAGAAAGCCCUGCGCUGAUGAAGACGUUUGCAGAGGCCGUGAUCAAGUCCGGCCUCGACCCGGAGGAGUUCUGGUCGACCAGAGUGCAUCUUUUGCGCUCGUUCGCCAUCCAGAACAACCAGAAGCGCGGCCCGUACAACGUCCUAAGCACCAUCAAGCCGGUGGCCUCGAGCGAGAACCAGGUGAACGUUUCUGUCACGCGAGAGAAAAUCCACGAGAUAUUCCAGCAGUACCCGAUUGUGCGCAAGGCGUACGACGACAACGUGCCGAAGAUGAGCGAGGGCGAGUUCUGGUCGCGGUUUUUCUCGUCGAAACUGUUCCGCAAGCUGCGCGGCGAGAAAGUCAACCUUUACGACCGUGGAGACAUCACUCUGGACAACUACCUGUUCUACGACCCGGACUACGACGGCGAGGAGGAGGACACCGACAUUGACAAGCUGCUGGAGGAGAAAAAGGAGGAGGACGGCAGCCGGAAACGGCGCAACUCGGAGCAGCUGACGGCGGCCAAGAAGAAAAUCAGGCUCUUCACGCAGGACGGCAAGCAGGUGUCGAAAUUCAUAGAUAUCAAGGCCAACAAGGAGGACAAUCCGGAGACGCUGGGCAACGGGCCGGACAUCACGAUGAAAGAGGACCAGAACGACGAGCUGGUGGGCGUGAUGCGGUCGAUGAACCGGCUCAGCAGGCGCAUGAUGCAGAACAUCAAGGACGACGCCGACAUGGACAGGGAGUUCGAGGAGGAGCUUGAACUGAGAGACCUGGACGACGCAAACACCGUCGAAUACAACCAGCUGGAGUACACGCAGCGCUCGAACCUCUCGUCCAACAUUCUACCGGCGGACGUGCUCGAAAAGUUCAACUCGCAGUCGCAGCUGAACCCGACGCCAACGGUCUACGACGAGUACAUGAAAACAUACAAAAAACAGCUCCGGGAGGUGGACCUGUCUGCGGUCUACGCCAACAAAAAGCCGCUGCUCGACACGUACAAAGAGAUCCUCAACAUCACCAAGAAGAACGCCAAGAGCCAGGCGUGGACAAUCAAGCUGGACACGAGCGUCGAGAAACAGGACGUCGACGUCGACCUGCCGCGCGACAGGCUCGAGGCGCUGCGGCUCACGCACUCGACGAGCGUCGAGUUCCUGCGCCACUUCUGGCUGCACUUCAACUCGAUCAGCACCUCGUCGCCGUCGACAAACCCCAACUUCCGCGCCGAGCUGCUCCAGCUGAAAAAACUCUACACCAGCAUCACCAAGUGUGUCGACCGCGUCCAGUCGAGUCUGGCGCAGCUCGACGGCGCCGACAGGGACCUCGGCAGGCUGCUGAUGGACCCGCUGAGCGCGUCGCUGGCGCAGGCGCUGACAAGCUACGAGGCAGCUAUCGUGGGAUGA